AGCGAAGCCGAGGGCCAGACUAACUGACUGCCAGGGUAUGACUUCCCGAAGUCUACAAAAUCGAAGUUUUCGAGGUUCUCCCUCUCGUCUCUGUCCACUCGUUUCUCAGCCUUGUCGAGUUGCCCGUCCCCCUGUCACCAGCCAUUUGCCGACCAGAAAUAACUCGGCCGUAGCGAGCCAGCCCUCAAGGCAGCGAGAAUAACCCCUGGGGCAACGCUGACCAAUCCUUUCCCGGCGCAGCAUACGCGCGCCCAGACUCUUCAAGCUUGCUCCUGCCGUGACGGCCUGGCUCAUUCAAGAAAAACAAAAAAACAACCGGGCAGCAAGGAGCCACACCAUGUCCGACAUCGAGACAACAUCGGGGACCUUAUUUGGCACGAAAGUAAACUUUCUACCCCUCCCUACACCAUAUCCGUCGUUAGCAGGAUGCGGCGAAGGAGGAAUCCAUCGCCAGGUCAACGCCGGUACGAUGUUGGGAUGGGAUCCCGUCUACACGCGGUUUGACCCCGGCGCAGAUAGCUGUUUUCCCCCGCAACAACGUCCGUGGUGGAAUCAAGAUCAGGCUUCCAACUCGGGGCCCUCAACGGCGCUGGGACCGACCUUUGUCUGCCCGGAGGCAUAUAGUGGUGUCCACAGCACCGUCCUCGAGAGCAACUCGGCGUCGCAGGCGCAGUACACUUACUGUUGCCCCAAAAAAUACACGCUCGGCGCGAUCCUCCCGCAGAACCAGCGGUCCGUCAUCCAGUGCUCGUCGAUCGCCGACCCGGGCGUGACGAUCGCCUACGUGAGCGUCACUUUCUUGACCAGCUCGGCAACCGCCACGGGCGAGGACGGCGCCGACACCGUCGUGGACACCACGGUGCUCACACAUGUGUCCACCUCGACCGUUGUCCAGGACGACGCCGCCACCGUCUACGCCCCGCCCAUCAACGGCUACAACAUCGUGCGCGCCCAGGCUACCAGCAGCGAGACCGAGAGCGCGGCGACCGAGGCGUCCUCGACCGCGCCACCGACGGGCACGACGACGGGGUCCGGAGAGGCGGCGCAAUCCAGCGGGCUGGCGCCGGGCGCCAUUGCCGGGAUUGCCGUGGGAGUGGUGCUCGGGGUUGGGCUGUUGGCGCUCGCUGCUUUCUUCCUUUGGCGGAGGCAUCGGCGCCAGCACCUUGCGGUCGCCCCGUCGGAUCCCGACAUGUACCACGAACAGCCAAAGGGAUAUCACGGUGUGCCGCCGUACGUCCCAGCUCUGUCUGAGAUGCCGGAGGGGCAUGGCGCCCACGAGAUGGACCCACAGAGUCCAUAUGCGUAUGAGUUACCCAGCGCGAGGUGAAUGGGGCAUGAAUUGUUGGGGCGGAGGGGGCGGUGUUUAUUGCUAGCGUUGGGAAAUGAUUAAAAGGGCGGGGUGCGGGCGUUGGAGGAAUAUAUAUACAUCAUGGGUUAUGGAGCACGUAAUGGAGAGUCAUUGUCGA